UCAAAUGGUCAAGCGUCCAUUUUUUACGGCGACGAAAUCAUUUGCGCUUUUUCUUCUUGUAUCGUAGUGAGGAGAUUUCCGCCCGCAGUGAAACAAAUAAGGAACUGGGAGGAGUUCCAGUGAAGCAAUAGUGUUUUUCGCGUUGUUUAUAAGAUUGUGUUGAGCCGCGUUAGCGUAUUAGCGUCGAACGAAAGCGCGUGUGUGUGAGAGAGAGUGUGUGUGCGUGCGUGCGUUGACAGAAUCGGUGUUCUCUCUGGCGCUUGGGUUUGAUCCUUGUUGUUCAUACGGCGUUGAGUCACACUGUUUCACCCUCGUACGCUUCGUCGCGUUUCGCCCUACCGGCCGUCCGUGCAGCGCACACCGAGCAAAUGGAUAACGACAGUGAUCAAAACAAUCGCGACCGUUCGAGACGUGGCGAUCGACGCAGCGGGGCCGGAUCGCGUUUCAGCAACGACCGCGAUCGAAGCCGCGAUCGAGAACGUAGCGACUGUCGGCGCAUCUACGUGUCGAACGUACCGUACGAGUACCGGUGGCAGGAUCUGAAGGAUCUGUUCCGCAAGGAGGUGGGCGAUGUGUCGUUCGUUGAGCUGUUCCACGAUGAAAACAAUAAGCCCCGGGGGUGCGGCAUUGUCGAGUUCGAAAAGCCGGAACACGUGCAGAUGGCACUGGAGAAGAUGAAUCGCUACGACAUUAACGGCCGCAAUCUGGUUAUCAAGGAGGACUACGGUAACGAACGGGACAAGUACGGACGCGUGGUGCCGAAAUCAUUCCGCGGCAACGACAACGACAACCGCCGUCGGGACCGAGACGACGAUCGAAUGUCCGGACCAUCGCACGGUGGUAGCGGUGGUGGUGGUGGCGGCGGCGGCGGCGGAGGUGGCGGUGGCGGUGGUGGCGGCGGUAUUGUCGGUGGCGGUGGCAAUGUAGGUGGCGGUGUGCUCGGCGGUGGCAAUCUCGGUGGCGUCAGUGUCGGUGUCGGUGGUAAUGAUUUCUCCCAGGACUACAAUACGUACGGUCUGAGCGUGAAGUUCUUGGAAGGGUUAGGCAUUCAAGGGCCGUUGCAUACGAAGAUCUUCGUCGCGAAUCUUGACUACAAAGUCGAUGCGAAGAAGCUGAAGCAGGUGUUUAAGUUAGCUGGCAAAAUCCAAAGUCUCGAUCUGUCCGUCGACAAGGAUGGGAACAGCCGCGGCUUCGCCGUCAUUGAGUACGACCAUCCGGUCGAGGCGGUGCAGGCCAUCUCGAUGUUUGACCGGCAGAUGCUGUUCGACCGUCGCAUGACCGUCCGGCUCGAUCGGCUGACGGAAAAGAGCGAGAUGAGCCGGCUGCCCGAGGGCCUCAAGGGCAUCGGUAUCGGGUUGGGUCCGAACGGUGAGCCGCUCAAGGACGUGGCGCGCAAUCUGCCCUCGCUGCAGCAGCAAAACACGGCCAUGCAAAGUGCAACGCUGGCCAAUGCGGCCCCGACGCCCGUGCAGCCGCCGCUGACGGCGAGCAAUCUGCUCAACUCGGCCGCCACCAGCAGCCUGUCCGGGUUGAACUCGAACCUGGCGGCGCAGCUCAGCAACGUGGUCGGCCUGUCGAAUCUGACCGGCGGGCUGCAAAGUUCGCUCCUGUCGAAUGCGGCCGCCGGUCUGUCCAAUCUGAGCGGGCUCGGCGGGCUGGGUGCGGCCGCGGCAGCAGCGGCCGGUGGCGUCGGUGGCGGUUUGGGCGGUGCCGGUGGUGGGUUGGGCGGUGGUCUCGGCAACAGCCUGUCCAGCGCGCUCAGCGGUCUCGGCGGGGCCGGCAAUGACGGUGGGUUGGGCUCUAGCUUCAACCAAAGCUACUCGUCCGGCUUCGGUAACGGUGGGUCGAAUCGGGGCAACGACUACGACAUGGGUUCGUCCAACGUUCGCAACUACAGCACGGCACCGAACGAUGACUACGGUCGCAACUACGGCGGCAUCAACAAUGGCAACCGCAAGAUGUCCGACACGAUCAUCAUUCGCAAUAUGCCGUCUUCCUGGACUUGGCAAACGCUGCGCGAUAAGUUCCGUGACGUCGGGGAGGUGAAGUUUGCCGAAAUCAGAGGACAGGACACCGGUGUCGUUCGUUUCGCCAAGGAACGGGACGCCGAUGUUGCCAUUAAACUAAUGGACGGGACGCGCUUUGAAGGACGAACGGUGGAUGUGACUUUCUUUUAAAUUAGAGAUUGCCGUUGAUCUCUUGAUUUCGUUCCCAUACAUACAAACACACAGACACACACUCCGUAGCGUCGUGGUUCGUCCAGUGUGGAGCGGCAAUGUUCUUCGCUCCGCUUUCACUUUCUUCGUGUUAUAGUUUCCAUUCGUUUCCGGUUGUUCCCGGUGUACUCCACAGUCCAAGCUUCAAGAAGAAAAAAAAAAAGUUCGGAAUACCCGCUACGGGUUGGGUGUGUGAUGUCGUUUCAAAUUGGAGACAAACGCAGGAUUACGAUUACGCUCAUCUUAGUCUAAUAGGACAUAUUUUACCAUCAGACAUUCGGAUUGGGAGAAUGGAUUGCUGUGGGCCUAACCAUGCAUAAUACCACAAGCAGGCGUUGUUUGCUUGAGGUCAUCAACCUCAACAGCUGUCGACGUUUAACCGCCGGUUCCUCCUCCGUAGCUCUGUUAGUAGUCAGUAAGCCCGCCAAGCCAGCAAGACAAACACGUGUGUGAUCAUGAGGGCGCUCGUAGAUUGUCAUCUAGCAGCAACGUAUAGCAUUACCCCGCCGUGUGUUACGAUUCUUUUCACCCAAAAGCAUAUUAUGUCUGGCAUUUAAAUCGCUCCGAUAGCAAACCUCCAGCAGAGCAUCUACAGUUCAUAUCGCGAACUCUUUCGUUUCACUUACCACUGCGUCGACUGUAGAGAGUAGAUUGUAUUGCAGUCUUGCGGAAUGAACUUCCCUCGUUCGCCCAGGGGCAGCAGCAUUCGUGCACGGGUGUACGACCCAAGAAGUUUGCACCUGUGUGCUUAAAUUUGUGUAUUCGGUUUUGAACCAUUCCUCCAAGUGUUUGGAUUUGGUGUGAACAAUAUUGUUUGGUUUCGCUAAACCCCCGCCGUCACUGUACGUUGUCGAUUGGAUGUCCCUUUCUCUCUCUCUAUCUUUCACUAAUGGACUCUUUAGACAUAUGCAUACCUUAUUUUCGUAUUCGCUCAGUCAUGUUUUAUAGCCGUAAGAACUUCAGCAAAUGUGAACAAAAUGCGUCUCUCCUUAAACACACAAGCUAACACGCGAUACAUUAGCAACAAUAAUCCCCAAGUGUCCAUUGAUUGAAGAGCUUUUAUCCUUCGGAUGUUAUUAGUUGAUCGAUCCUCCUUACAAUGAUGCUGCAGCUAUGCAAAAUCAUCUCGCAUUACACACAACGAACGUUUUUGUGUUUAGUCGAACGCUACGAAUGAUGUGCUAGUUCGUGAAUUUUAACUUACUCUCUCUCACCGUCAUCCGCUAAUAAUUCGUCGCCCGUGUAGCAAACUAAAGCAAUCAAUAAUCCCCACAUUAUUAUCGUGUGCGUGCGUAGUGUAAUAGCGAACGCGGGUAAGAAGGGUAAAACAAGGCACUAAACAAAAAGGAAUAAUAAUCCAGACAAAUCGUACACCGUCGUGGGGCGGUGUAGACGUCUCACCUUUUCGGAAUCCGUGCAAAUCACCACACAUACACACAAAUAGUGUCAUAUGUUUCAUUAUAGGAAACAUUUUAAUCGCCCAUAAACAUUUAAAGUCGACGGGGUGUUUAGUAAUCGCGCAGAAAAUAAACGACUUUCAGUUUUAACGAAGUACAAACUCUACAGUAAUACCAAAAA